AUGGGCGCCUCAUUCGACUUUGCGCCGGAACGGCCAGAGCACAUCCAGACCAUCCUCGAUGGCCUUGACAGAUACAACCCAGAGACCACUGGCACCUUCCAGGACUAUGUCAUGCAGCAGUGCGAGUCGCAAACGUACGAUUGCUACGCCAACCUGGCCCUGUUGAAGCUCUACCAGUUCAACCCCCACCUCGCCCGCGACGAGACCAUCACCAACAUCCUCGUCAAGGCUCUCACCGUCUUCCCUAGCCCCGACUUUGCCCUGGGCCUCUCUCUCCUGCCCGUCCACACGCUUGCGCCUCUCUCGUCAGCACACAACCCCGCCGCCGGCGACGCCCCGCUCUCGGAAGCCGUUCAGAAGCUGAACGAGCUGAAGAACCUGCUCGAGGGUGCCGACUACGCCACAUUUUGGUCCACAUUAGACUCGGACGACUUGUACGCCGAUCUGAUCGCCGACGUCUCUGGCUUUGAGGAGCUGAUGCGCGUACGCAUCGCUGCUACCGUCAGCCAGGCGGUGCGUGAGGUUGACCAGAGCAUCCUCGAGUCAUGGCUGAACCUGUCGGGCAACGAGUUCGAGCACUUUGUUGGCAGUGUCUGCGGCUGGGUCAUGGAGGACGGCAAGGUCAAGGUGCCCAUCAACAAGGACAACGAGGCCAAGGGCACUGUCGUGAGGGAGAACGUCAAGUUUGAUCAGUUUGCACGCGUCAUCAAGAGGGCGUACGAGCAGCCUGCAUGA